AUGAGACGAAGCUUUGCACCUAGUCAAAUAGCUUUGGGAAAGAAGCGAGAAUUGGAAACGACGGAUAUUAGUAGUAGUAGUAAAAGUAAAAGGAAACGGAGAUGUGCUCAAGAAGUUCGAAAACCAUUAAUAUCAACUCAAAAGUUUCCAAGUCUCAUAAAUCAAAUGACAUGUUCAUUUGAAAAUGUUUCGAGUCACGAAGAUUUCAUACGAAAAAUAUUAUCUAAACCGUUCAAAAUACCAAUACCAAACUAUCAGGGAGGUUAUAAUUGUAGAGCUUUAGGAAUUCGUAGAAAUGGAGGAAGGAGAGCUUUGCAUGAUCCGGAUGAACCGAAUGCUUUAAUAUUAUUUUCCCCUCCUGAAUUCAGUGCUCAUGAAAAGCUUAAAACUAAUUCAGAAGAACAAUUAGUUCAUGUUGUUGUAGAUCCGAUGUUAUCUAAUGUAUUGAGACCUCAUCAGAGAGAAGGUGUAAAAUUUAUGUAUGAUUGUGUGACUGGAGUAAAAAUAGAAAAUGCUUAUGGCUGUAUUAUGGCUGAUGAAAUGGGACUUGGUAAAACUUUACAGUGCAUUACAUUAAUGUGGACUCUGUUAAAACAAGGUCCAGAUUGCAAACCAUUAAUUGAAAAAGCCAUAGUUGUAGCACCUAGCAGUCUCGUCAAAAACUGGUAUAAUGAAAUUAACAAAUGGCUUAAAGGAAGGGUAAAUGCUCUUGCCAUUGAUUCUGGCAGCAAAGACGAUAUCGAUAGGAAUUUACAAUCUUUCAUGAACACUUAUUCUCGCAGACCUGUCAACCCAAUACUUAUAAUAUCAUAUGAAACAUUUAGACUUCAUGUCAAAGUCCUUCAUAAAGGUGAAGUUGGCUUGGUAUUAUGCGAUGAGGGUCACAGAUUAAAAAACCAUGAAAAUCAAACAUAUCAAGCAUUAAUGGGUCUCAAUGCUAAGAGAAGAGUUUUACUAUCUGGCACUCCGAUACAAAAUGAUUUGCUCGAGUACUUCAGUUUGAUACAUUUUGUAAAUCAAGGUAUUCUCGGUACUGCUGCAGAAUUUAGAAAAAAAUUUGAAAUUCCUAUUCUGAGAGGGCAAGAUGCAAACUCUACCAUCGAAGAAAGAAAAAAGGGACAAGAAUGUUUAGAACAAAUGGCUGCUUUAGUUAAUAGGUGCCUGAUAAGAAGAACUGCUGCUUUGUUGUCAAAAUAUUUACCUGUCAAAACUGAACAAGUUAUUUGCAUAACAUUAACAGGAUUACAAAAGCAACUUUACGAAGAUUUUAUUGCAUCAGAUGCCUUAAAGAAAACCGUGCGAGAAGAAAAAAAUAGCAAAAAGGGAAUGAGUUUAACGGCGUUGUCCGCCAUAACGACUUUAAAAAAAUUAUGCAAUCAUCCAGAUUUAGUGUACGAAAACAUCAUGAAACAAACAGAAGGAUUUGAAAACGCUUUAAAAUAUUUACCUGAAAAAUACGACAUUAAAAAUGUAAGACCUGAAAUGUCAGGGAAACUCAUGUUUUUAGAUACGUUGUUAGCUCUUAUCAAAGCCACGACAAACGACAAAAUCGUCCUGGUUUCAAACUAUACCCAAACGUUGGACUUAUUCGAAAAGCUGAGUCGAUUUCGUAAUUAUCAAUACGUUCGUUUGGACGGUUCGAUGACGAUAAAAAAACGUGGGAAAGUUGUCGAAAAGUUUAACGAUCCCGAAAGCAAAGAUUUCAUAUUCAUGCUCAGUUCGAAAGCUGGAGGAUGCGGUUUAAAUCUCAUAGGUGCGAAUAGACUCGUCAUGUUCGAUCCCGACUGGAAUCCUGCCAACGACGAUCAGGCUAUGGCUAGAGUAUGGAGAGACGGUCAAAAAAAACCCUGUUUCAUAUACAGACUUCUUAGCACUGGUACGAUCGAAGAAAAAAUAUUUCAGAGGCAAGCACAUAAAAAGGCUCUGAGUUCGACGGUUGUCGAUAACGAAGAAGACGUUGCGAGACAUUUUUCCCGAGACGAAUUAAGGGAUUUGUUUAAACUCGAAACGGGAACGCAAAGCGACACUCACGACAAAUUUAAAUGCACGAGAUGCAUGAACAAAAUACAAAUCAAACCACCUCCCGAAGGAACGGAUUGCACGUCCGAUUUAUCCUUGUGGCAUCAUUGCUACGAUAAAAAAGGUUUAGUCGAUCCUCUUUUGAAAAAAUGUUGGGAAAGUGGAAUCAUAUCCUUUGUUUUUCAUCACAAUUCUCACAUACAAAAGGACAUACCUUGA